UUACAAGAGUAUUAAGUGAUCAAUCUCAAAAGUCAAUCAACUGCUCCCACUGUGUCUGACCUCAAAUUCAGCUAACGAUUAGUACUGUUAAAACUUCAGAUUGAAAAUUUUUUUGCUCCUCAAUUGAGUUAAUAUUUAUUCAUGAAUUAAAAACUAAGCAAUCUCAAUAAAUUUAACCGGUAUCAUCGCUCUCUUACGUUUUUUUCGGUGUUAGAGGGGGAAUAUAAACAACAGAAAAGUUCUUGAUCUUCAUUUACCCCUCCCUGAUCAAUAUUGCAUCAAACUAAGCUCGAAAGUAUAUUUUAAACGAUCAACAUUCAGUUCUGUUCGAGUGCACUUUCAGCAAAGAUUUGUUAAAAUGCAUAAACUCGCUUGCUUCGCAAUUCUGCUCUCUGCAGCAACAUGCACUUGGGCCUAUUCCAGCGGUGCACCAACAGCUGUUUGUGAUGACAUGACCCCCAAACAUCCAUUUGACCCACAAACCUCAGCACUUCCUUACACAGUUUCCAUCUCGAAGAAGACAGUCAAACCAGGCGAAGAAACUGACAUAACCAUCUCUGGCAAGGAUUUCAAAGGUUUCCUUGUUGAAGUGAGGAAAGGAGAUAAGGCCGUUGGUAGCUUCUUGGUGGACUCUAAGGACAAAGAUAUCCAAGCUUUGAAAUGUCACGGUUCUUCGAAUAGCGCGGCUACACAUUCCAAUGCUUCAGUAAGAAAAUCGAUAACUUUGAAAUGGAAAGCACCCCAAGAAAAAGGAGAACUUCAUGUGCUGGCCACCGUUGCAGCUGAUGGUGCAGUAUUCUGGGCAAAAAAAGACGUCGGUAAAAUAGUCGUUAAUUAAGUACAAGUGAUAAAAAAAUUUAUAGUUAUAUUUAAAAAUAAAACUUCAAAAACA